UUCAAAGUGCCACAUUCCCGGAUCUCGCCAAGUUUUGGUAUUCCAUAGCAAAGUCAUCUAUCAGCAAACAAAUUCUUUGUCUUCCGCAGGACAUCUAUUUUCUGGGCACUCCUGGUAUUGGCAAAAGUUACUUUAUAUUAUAUUUGUUAUAUGUUCUUCGUCUUAAAAAUGCUACUGUUGUGAUGAGACGGAACAUUGACCAAGAAUUCUUAGUCUUUGAUGGGAAUAAUGCAUAUACAACAAUUUCUUAUGAAAAAGUCAGCUCCUUCCUGGUUAAUCCUAAUACCUGGUAUCUUCUUGAUACAGUAUCACCUUCUGAGGUCCGUGCUAUCACCAUCCUUGUCUGUUCUCCAAAUCCAAAAAUUUACAAAGAAUUUCGUAAAAUGUCAAACUCAACAAUAAGAUAUAUGCCUCCUUGGAGUUGGGAAGAAAUUGUAAAAUGUAGAGAUGCUCUUUAUCCUGGUAUUAAUGAUGACAAGUUGACAAUACUUUAUGAUCGUUGGGGUGGCAUUCCCAGAUAUAUACUGGAGAAAUGUGAUGAUCCAUCACAAGAUGCAUUGUUAGAAAAGGCAAUUGCAAGUGCUAACUUGGAAAAGUGCUUACAGAGUGUUGGUGAACGAGAAAGUCCAGAAGACAUAAGCCAUCGAAUUCUUCACAUCAUUACUUCAGACUCUACAGGCUAUACUUUGACAACUAUGAAAUAUGCAUCUCCCUAUGUUGCUCAAGAAAUUGCUACACGGUUUACUCUACAACAACAUGAAUCCCUUCGUCAUUUUCUAUUAGCCAGUGAAGGUUAUGGUACAACAAGUUCACUUCGUGGACAGCUAUUUGAAGGAUAUGUUCACAAUAUGUUAAAGAAUGGAGGAAACUUUGAUAUUAGAAAAAUUGAUGAGGAUACAGUUUCUAGCAUCUUUUUGGCAAGUAGGACUCAACGACCUUACAGAACUCUUUCCAAGGUUGACCCCCAAAUUGAUGACUACUGGCGACCAAUAGCAGGAAAUUUUCCAACAUUUGAUUCCUUAAUACCCACAGUUGGAUUAUUUCAAAUUACAAUAUCUUUACAUCAUGGUGCAAAGAUGGCUGCACUUGAAGAAUGGAAAAAGAUUGUUGGCCAUAGGAAUUUUGUGUUGUAUUUUGUUGUUCCUGAAUCAAUAUUUGAAAAAUUCAGUAAACAGAGUUACUAUACAGUAGAUGGGAAAACUGCUCGGCAUGUUUCUCAAUGGAUGCGAGAACUACCACAGUAUGUUAUGAAAAUUAAGAUAUAG